AUGGCAUAUGAUCGCUCCAAAAAUUUCAUUGCAAAUGAGAGUUUGGAAAUGGUUCAGCACUUGAAUCGCGAUGAUAGCAUAUCACAAGUUCUGAGAUGGCUCCAUUCAACAGCUGCUUGCAAACAGCAUGCAAGGAGAACAAUGGUUAGAGAACAACAGCACCAUGGAUGCUUGAAUUCAUUAAACUCCAGGACUAGCAAUCUACACUGCACAUGCACCAUAUCAUAUGACUAUGGGCAGCUCACGUCAGUGUAUCGGCACUAA